GCGCUCCGUCAACGCGGUUGCUUACCUCGCUUCUCGCCGGCUUCUAUUUCCUUCUUCCCAAAGCCUUCUAUUUCCUUGCCAAGACAAGAGAAAUUCAUUUAUGCUCCAGUAGAUUAUUGCUCCAAAUUCCGAUCCAUCUGUGAAAAUCUGAAAUGUCGGUAAGAACUGUUAAAGUUAGUAAUAUCUCGCUUCGGGCAUGUGAGCGAGACAUCAAGGAGUUCUUUUCUUUCUCUGGUGAUAUUGAAUAUGUUGAAAUGCGGAGUGAUACUGAACAAUCUCAAGUUGCAUAUGUUACCUUUAAGGAUUCACAGGGAGCAGAAACAGCUGUUCUUCUUUCAGGGGCAACAAUUGUAGAUAUGUCAGUCACUGUGACGUAUGACCCAGAUUACCAACUUCCUCCUUCUGCCUUCACGACACCUGAGUCAGCUGGAAAGACAACUGCACCAGAAUCUGCUCUCCGGAAAGCUGAGGAUGUGGUUACCAGCAUGCUUGCAAAGGGCUUUGUCCUAGGUAAAGAUGCUGUAGGCAAAGCCAAGUCUUUUGAUGAGAAGCACCAGCUGACAUCCACAGCGAGUGCUAAAGUUGCCUCUUUUGACAAAAAAAUUGGGCUAAGCGAGAAGUUUAGUGCUGGUACUUCGAUUGUGAACAACAAAGUCAAGGAAGUGGAUCAGAAACUCCAUGUUUCUGACAAAGCAAAAUCAGCAUUUGGAGUUGCUGAGCAAACAGUGAGUAAUGCUGGAUCAGCCAUUAUGAAGAACCGGUAUGUGCUCACAGGCACAACAUGGGUGACAGGUGCUUUUAGUAAGGUAGCUAAAGCUGCUGGUGAGGUUGGGCAGAAGACAAAAGAGAAAGUGGGAAAAGCAGAGGAUGAGAACCGUCAAAAGAUAGUGAGUGAUUUCGCGCAAGUUCACUUAUCCGAAUCUCCUACUAAAGCAUCUGAGUUAAGUGACCAUCAACCCUCCAAACCUUCAGCAUCACCACAGGGUUUGAUCCUUUGACUCUAUUUCUCUGCUGCUGUCUGUUAUAGUUUGUUGUUGUUGUUCAGAGUGCAAAUUCACUAUAUUGAAAUGAGUUGGUACAUUAAAGAAGUAUUUGUUUUCUGAAGAUGGUUGUGUUUACAGGAUUGUAUUCAUCUCAGUAUGAAACUAGCAAUCAACUCUUUUUAUUUUUUCUUGUCAUGGUUGCUCAAAUUUUGACUUCAUUUAAAAAGUGUUGAAAUGUGUAAA